CCGAUUCACCAGUGAAUUGUGGAAGGCCGCAGUUGUCGAACAAGGAACGCAGCUGCAGAUGACAUCUGGAAACCAUCCGGAGGCAAAUGGGCAGGCAGAGCAGAUGAACCGCGUUGUUCAACACUUGUUGAGGCACUACAUUAAGCCUAAUCAAGUGGACUGGGAUGAGAAGUUUGCUCUCAUAGCCAGCUUGUACAACAAUGCAGUUCAUUGUGCCACGGGAGCAAGUCCUAACAGCCUACUAUUAACGUUCAAACCUAGAGUUCCCCUUGACUUUCUGCUACCUGAGAACCAGCCCACUGCUGCUCCAGGCACUUUGGAAUUUGCCUAUAGAUAUGAGAGUUAUAUGCAGCAGGUGGUAGAACACAUGCACAAAGCACAGGCGGCGAUGAUCGAAUCUGAGAACAAGCACCACCACCCAUCUAUGUUUCAGGUAGGGGACAGACUCUGGGUCAAGGCUUCUGAACUGGGACAGAAGCACGGGAUCUCCUGUAAGCUCAUGCCACAGUACUUUGGGCCAUGGGAGGUUCUGGAUGUAAUCGGGGAUGAACCAGACAGACCCUCACAUGUCAUUCAGAUCCCUGGACACCUUCGUACCUAUCCUGUUUUCCACGCCUCCAAGCUUGCACCUUUCGAAGAAACUGAUCAGUUUCCCUUACGACGCUCAAUGUUGCCCCCAACCAUGGAUGGAGAGGUCGACAUCGAUGACAUCGUGGACCACAGGGAAAUGACGGUUCCAAGACCGACAGGCAAGGGUCGUCCUCUGAAACCGAAGCUGCAGUACCGAGUUCGGUUCAGACAUCCUGAUCCAAAGGAGGAUAGAUGGUUCACACGGGAGGAACUCAUGCAGACCGCUCCACAAGUGGAACCGACACCGGCGGAGGCAGAAAGGAGUAACCUGGCUAACCUAAUGCUGACCAUGAUGAGGGCGGUGAUGUGGAACAAUACGAUGUUGACAGUGCAGAUACACGAGGGCAGACAGCUGAGACAGACUCAGCAGAAAGACGCUGCAGCCUUAACAACCGUUGUUCUCGCUGCCGCCACACAUCAGCAACAACAACAACAAUUGUUGAACACCACCACCACACGCAUCAACAACAUCGAGGCUAAGGCCUCAGCUGCGCCAGGCUGCACGACAUACACGACGAAGCAGCUCGAGGAGUGCAUCGACCAUGUCAUCACUAUUAUCGGCGAAUUAGGUGAUUUCACUAGUCUGGCCACAAUCAGCAGCAUGGUGGCCGCCAUCAAGACGGACAUCACGAAGCUGCAGUCAAGACCGGACGUCGCUACAAAGGCAUACAAGAUGCCACGCUUCAUCAUCGGCAAGUUUGACGACUACAACAAGACGGACGCCUUGACAUGGUGGCAAAGCUUCCUCACCGAAGCAUCUUGCCACACUGCACCGACCGAAGACAUGAUGAAAGCGCUCUACCUCCAACUCAUUGGAGGAGCAGAGGCAUGGAUGAACCAUACCGCGGCCAUUCUGAAAUGCACCAUCGCCCAACUGCACACGCACAUUCUGUGGAAGCAGUUCGAGCAAAUGUGGUUCACUCGAUUCAUGGUCCGCAACGUUGUAAAAGCGGCCAUGAACGACGUCUACUCCAGCUCACAAGGGAACAUGCCAACUCGAGACUGGACGAUCAAGUGGCAGAAGAUAGUAACCACUCCAGGCUUCGACUUGAGUUUCCCAAACCAACGAUCCGAAUUCUUUUCGCGAUCGUGCGCAGGACUGCGGUCGGCACUCGGCAACGAGUACGACUAUGCCUCAUUCCAGGCUAUUCUGGAUCGUGCGAAACAGGUCAUCCAAACGGAUGACAAGGCCGCCAACGAACGGCAGUCCCAGCCGCACUAUGUGGCUAAGCAAGGCUACUGACGGCCGGCACAUAACAAUGUCGUGAUUCCUGACGAAUCAAUCGAUCUCCACGCU